AUGGUCGAUGCUGAAAAUGAAGUCCUUCCCCUGCCUCCAAGCUACAGGUUGGAGGAUUUGUUCUUUGGCGACCAGACAUGGCAAAACAAUAACAAAGUUCAGGUUGAACUCUGUACCAAUGAGAACACUUUAAAAGAAAGACUCAAGUUGUUCUUCAUCAAAAAUCAAAGAUCAAGUCUCAGAGUACAGUUGUUCCACUUCUCACUCAAGCUGUUAAGCUGCAUUUUGUAUAUAUAUCGGGUGUUGGAAGACUCUGCCCAAGAAUACACAUGGGCUCCAAUAAUUUGGGUGAAACGUAAUAGAUACUUAUGGGCCUUGCAGGUUGUUGUUGCAGUCGUAUGUCUGUGUGAGACAAUUCUGCUAACCUACCUCAGUUACAAGGGAAAUCUAUUGGAACGGAUACUUAGAAUAACAUUUGUCCUGGAGAUUAUAAACACGGUGCCAUUUCUGAUAACGCUUCUAUAUAGUCCCCUCCAGUACCUCUUCAUCCCUGUGUUCCUCAACUGCUGGCUGGCCAAACAUACACUGGAGAACAUGAUUAAUGACUUCCAUCGUGCCAUACAGAGGACGCAGUCAGCCAUGUUCAACCAGGUCCUCAUCCUGAUCUCCACGCUCCUCUGCCUCAUAUUCACCUGCAUCUGUGGUAUCCAGCACCUGGAGCGUGCUGGGCAGAAUCUGAACUUAUUUGACUCCAUCUACUUCUGCAUCGUGACAUUUUCGACAGUGGGCUAUGGAGAUGUCUACCCCCAGAUCUGGCCCUCCAAACUGCUUGUGGUCAUCAUGAUAUUCGUAGCCCUUGUGGUGCUUCCAGCCCAGUUUGAGCAGCUGGCCUACCUAUGGAUGGAACGUGAGAAGUCAGGAGGGAACUAUAGCCGGCACCGAGCUGAGAAAGAGAAGCACGUGGUGCUAUGUGUCAGCUCUCUCAAAAUUGAACUGCUCAUGGACUUCCUCAAUGAGUUCUAUGCCCACCCCAGGCUCCAGGACCACUACGUCAUCAUCCUAUGCCCAACUGAGAUGGACACUCAAGUGCGGCGGGUGCUCCGGAUCCCCCUGUGGUCUCAGAGGGUCAUCUACCUGCAAGGCUCUGCCCUCAAAGACCAAGACCUCUUCAGGUCCAAGCUGGACAAUGCUGAAGCAUGCUUCAUUCUGAGCAGUCGUUGCGAGGUCGACCGCACUGCAGCAGACCACCAGACCAUUCUGCGGGCCUGGGCAGUGAAUGACUUCGCCCCGAAUUGCCCGCUUUAUGUCCAAAUCCUAAAACCGGAGAACAAAUUUCAUGUGAAAUUUGCAGAUCACGUGGUUUGUGAAGAGGAGUUUAAGUAUGCCAUGCUGGCACUAAACUGUAUCUGCCCUGCAAGCUCUACCCUAAUCACACUUCUAGUGCACACUUCAGAGGGCCUGGAAGGCCAGGAGUCUCCAGAGCAGUGGCACAGAAUUUAUGGGAAGUGUUCAGGCAAUGAAGUGUACAACAUUGUCCUGAAAGACAGUGUCUUCUUCUCUGAGUAUGAGGGCAAGAGCUUCACUUACGCCUCCUUCCAUACACAGAAAAAAUAUGGUGUUUGUCUUAUUGGAAUAAGGCGCAAAGAGAGCAAGAGCAUCCUCCUCAACCCUGGACGCCAGUACAUUAUGAAUGGCUCAGACAUGUGCUUCUUCAUCAACCUCACCAAAGAAGAGAACUCAACAUUCAAAUCUAAGGGAGAGCACUGCAAAAGAAGCUUUAGAAUACGCCUUCCAGUCCAAAGCAUUGUGGCUAGCAUGGGAACUGCCAUAGAUCUGCAGGACAUGAGCAGCAGACCCAGCAGAAGUGCCAGCCUCUGCGUGCCAAAUGAAUCCACCAACUCUGACAGUAGGAGACCGAGCAUCGCCCCUGUCCUGGAAGUGCCUACCUUCCCCCAUCUCCAAGCCUGUGAUCUUUCAAGUGAGCUGCCCAGAGACAAAUCCACAAAUGAAGAGACAUUGUCUGCUUUCUUUGUUUGUGACAGAUGCAUCAUAGGGUAUCCCCCAAAUUUACCCUACAUUGGAAGCUCACAGACACUUUGCCAUUUGUUGAAAGAGAAAUUGCCUUAUUGCUGCCUGCAACUGGACAAGGGCUGCCUGCACAACCAAUGUGAGGAUGCCAAGGCAUACAACUUCAGGAACAGGCCAAUCAUCGUGUCGGCGGAGACAGCAGGCAACGGCUUAUACAACUUUAUUGUGCCUCUGAGAGCCUCAUACAGACCCAAAGAGGAGCUGAACCCCAUCGUGCUGCUUCUAGACAACCCGCCUGAUCCACAAUUUCUUGAGACCAUCUGCUGGUUCCCAAUGGUUUAUUGCAUGGUUGGAUCAAUGGAUAAUCUGGAUGACCUGCUGCGCUGCGGUGUCUCUUUUGCGGCCAAUAUGGUGGUGGUGGAUAAGGAGAGCACGAUGUGUGCUGAGGAGGAUUACAUGGCCGACGCCAAAACCAUCGUCAACGUUCAAACACUCUUCAGGUUAUUCUCAGGCCUCAGCAUUAUCACAGAGCUCACCCAUCCAGCCAAUAUGAGAUUCAUGCAGUUCAGAGCAAAAGACUGUUACUCUCUGGCCCUCUCUAAAUUGGAAAAGAAGGAGAAAAGGAAGGGCUCCAACUUGGCCUUCAUGUUUCGUCUGCCAUUUGCGGCUGGAAGGGUAUUUAGCAUCGGCAUGCUAGACACUCUCCUCUACCAGUCUUUUGUGAAGGACUAUGUGAUAACCAUCACCAGACUGUUGCUUGGUCUUGACACAACGCCAGGAUCUGGCUUCUUAUGCUCAAUGAGGAUCUCUGAGGAGGAUCUGUGGAUACGGACAUAUGGCAGACUGUACCAAAAGCUUUGCUCCACAGUGGGGGACAUUCCUAUCGGUAUCUACAGGACCAAGUUGCAGAUGGCUGAACAACUUGAGCCCUCUUACUCCCAGCUAUCAGUGAACACUGGCCCCGAGGAUGCAAGAAGGCCUCUCCACUCCCCCUCGUCAGACAGCAGGCAUAGGAAGGGUGUGCAGUGGGCACGGCGCCUUAGCCACGUGGGCCCCUGGCACGCUGGCCACAGUGGGGAAAGAGCUGGACAGCGGGGACCCAGCCCAGUGCGACAGCCAUGCUCUGAGUUGCAGGAACUGGACCAACUGGUCAAGAAGCGAAUGCAGAACCUGGGACUCUUUGCUCUCAAUUUAGAUGAGAUGAAUGGUAAUCACAAUAGCCACUCGUACGUCUUAAUCAACCCACCACCAGACACAAGACUGGAGGUCCAUGACAUUGUAUACAUCAUUCGUGAGAGUCCACUUUUGUUUGUGUCAAAGGACGUGGACAGCCGGAAGAGCAGCGCAGGGAAAAGAUCGUGUGAACAGCAGGAAUCCACAACAGGGGAGGAUGCCACUGGACUAUUUUUGGGGGGCCCUGGGUAUGGUCCGGGGUCGGACUCCGCGGAGUCCUACAGACCCCUGCCAGACAACAAGGAUCGGCACUCGGAAGUGAACUCCGCUGGGUCCUACGACCCCUACAUGGACUACUACGAGGAUUACGCAGAUUAUGGCGAUAGAGGGGAGUGCAGCGAUGUAUGUGGAGGUGGAGGAGGUCCUUUAUACCCUCCCACUCCCAGUGACGUUCAGUCUGCCAUCUCCAAGAAAGACGAAAAAAAAAAAGAAAAGAGGAAACGUAUUUGGCGAAGUAUAUAG